UUGAAUUUUCUGAUUUGACGCAUACGUAUUGUGGGUGUGUGUCAUGGUGUCAAAAAUUUAUCAAUUCUUCGCUUUCACGUCAAAUGGCAGUCGCGUAAAUAAAUAACAAUUUUCGACAAUUUAAUUGUAAGUUACUUUGCAAAAUGACAGAAAAGAUCACAUUGGCCGAUGCGUUAUCCAAUGUGGAAGUGCUAGACGAGCUGUCAUUACCCGAUGAGCAGCCUUGCAUUGAAGCGCAACCAUGUUCAAUUAUAUACAAGGCAAACUUUGAUACAAACUUUGAGGAUCGUAAUGGAUUUGUAACGGGCAUAGCAAAAUAUAUAGAAGAAGCGACAACACAUGCUAAUCUGAAUGUUUUGCUUGAUGAGGGACAAAAACAUGCUGUUAUGCUUUACACUUGGCGCUGCUGUUCGCGCGCAAUACCUCAACCAAAAUCCAAUGAGCAACCCAAUCGAGUAGAAAUUUAUGAAAAGACCGUGGAAGUUUUAGCACCAGAAGUCAACAAAUUACUUAAUUUUAUGUAUUUCCAACGAAAGGCUAUUGAAGCGUUUUCUGGUGAAGUGAAGCGCCUGUGUCAUGCAGAGAAACGCAAGGACUUCGUAUCGGAAGCAUAUUUGUUAACCUUAGGAAAAUUCAUAAACAUGUUUGCUGUGUUGGAUGAAUUGAAGAACAUGAAAUCGAGUGUAAAGAAUGAUUACAGCACAUAUCGCCGCGCUGCCCAAUUCCUGAAAGUCAUGUCAGACUCACACACAUUGCAGGAAUCACAAAAUUUAUCCAUGUUUCUUGCAACACAGAACAAAAUACGUGAUACAGUGAAAGAUACGCUCGAGAAAAUCGUUGGCUACGAAGAUUUGCUUUCAGAUGUUGUAAACAUUUGUGUGCACAUGUUUGAAACGAAAAUGUAUUUGACGCCUGAGGAAAAGCAUAUGCUGGUUAAAGUAAUGGGGUUUGGACUUUUCCUUAUGGACAGUGAUGCCUGUAACAUAAAUAAAUUAGAUCAAAAGAAAAAAAUACGCUUGGAUCGUAUAGAUCGAAUUUUCAAAAAUUUGGAAGUGGUGCCGUUAUUUGGUGAUAUGCAAAUUGCACCUUUUAACUACAUUAAACGAAGCAAGCAUUUGGAUACUAGCAAGUGGCCUUUGUCUAGCUCGAAUGCAAUUAGCCCCCAAGCAGAUUUAAUGGUACAUUUGCCACAAAUUCGCGAAGAUCACGUUAAGUACAUAUCAGAGUUAGCACGCUACACCAACGAAGUGACCACAACAGUAAAAGAAAAUCCGACAGAUGCUGAAAAUCGUGCUACCUCUGACUUGGCGCUGCGUGGCCUACAAUUGCUGUCGGAGUGGACUAGCGUUGUUACCGAAUUGUACUCGUGGAAGCUGCUGCAUCCCACUGACCAUCACCAAAACAAAGAAUGUCCCGUUGAGGCGGAGGAAUAUGAGCGAGCUACACGUUAUAAUUACACAUCUGAAGAAAAAUUUGCGCUCAUAGAAGUAAUUGCAAUGAUUAAGGGAUUACAGGUAUUAAUGGCGCGCAUCGAAACCGUACUGUGCGAAGCAAUACGCCGCAAUAUAUACGCCGAGCUACAAGAUUUCGUGCAAUUGACGUUGCGUGAACCUAUGCGCAAGGCGGUAAAAAACAAGAAGGAUUUAAUCCGCAGUAUUAUAAUGUCAGUACGAGAGACUGCUGCUGAUUGGCAGAAAGGUCAUGAGCCGCUAGAUGAUCCAGCUGCAAAGGGUAAGAAGGAUCCUGAUCCAGGUUUUCGUAUUCAAGUACCACGCUUGAAUGUCGGACCUUCCUCCACGCAACUUUACAUGGUUCGUACUAUGCUGGAGUCAUUGAUUGCUGAUAAAAGUGGUGGCAAACGUACGUUGCGCAAGGACAUCGACGGCAAUUGUCUUAUGCAAAUUGACACUUUUCACAAAACCUCGUUCUACUGGAGCUAUCUGCUGAACUUCAGUGACACACUUCAAAAGUGCUGCGAUCUUUCGCAAUUAUGGUAUCGUGAGUUUUAUUUGGAAAUGACAAUGGGACGCAAGGUGAACAAAUGUAUGGUGAAACAUCAGCACAAUGAGGAGUGCAAAGACUUGAUUACCAUGGAGAAGCGUAUACAGUUUCCCAUUGAGAUGUCUAUGCCGUGGAUAUUGACUGAUCACAUAUUGCAAACGAAGGAGCCUUCAAUGAUGGAAUUUGUUUUAUAUCCAUUGGACUUGUACAAUGACUCAGCACACUAUGCCCUAACUGUGUUUCGUAAACAAUUCCUUUAUGAUGAAGUAGAGGCAGAAGUCAAUUUGUGUUUUGAUCAAUUUGUCUAUAAGUUAAGCGAACAAAUAUUUGCGCAUUACAAACAGUUGGCAGGCAGUAUUUUUCUUGAUAAACGUUUUCGUCUGGAGUGCGAAGUUUUAGGCUUCAAUUUCCACUCGUAUCCACGCAAUAAUCGCUAUGAAACGCUGCUGAAGCAAAGGCAUGUGCAAUUACUUGGUCGUUCUAUUGACUUAAAUAAACUCAUAAAUCAGCGUAUCAAUGCGAAUAUGCACAAAAGUGUUGAAUUGGCAAUCUGUCGCUUUGAAGGAAAUGAUAUAACUGCCAUUGUGGAACUCGAAGGUCUCUUAGAAGCCAAUCGCAUCUGUCACAAAUUACUUAGCAAACACUUGGCACUGGAUAAUUUUGAUGCCAUGGUUAAAGAAGCAAAUCACAACGUAUUGGCGCCUUAUGGCCGCAUAACCUUGCAUGUGUUUGUUGAGCUGAAUUAUGACUUUUUGGUUAACUAUUGCUACAAUGCAGCAACGAAUCGAUUUGUCCGAAGUAAGGUGAAUUUGGCCUCAUCGCAGCCCAUACAACGUGAAAAGCCACCACAGAUGGCACAUUUCUACUUGUGGGGCUCAAAACAGUUGAAUGCCGCAUACUCUACACAAUAUGGCCAGUAUACUGGUUUCAUUGGAGCGCCACAUUUCCAUGCAAUGUGUCGUCUGCUCGGCUAUCAGGGCAUAGCGGUGGUCAUGGACAUUAUUUUGAAGGAUAUUGUUAAACCACUUAUACAAGGCACCUUGUUACAGUUUACAAAAACCUUAAUGGGUGCAAUGCCGAAAUCUUGCAAAUUGCCGCGUUGCGAAUAUGGCUCGCCAGGCGUCUUGAGCUACUACCAAGCGCAUCUCACUGAUAUUGUGCAGUAUCCGGAUACAAAAACCGAUCUGUUUCAGUCGUUCCGUGAGUUAGGAAAUUGUAUUAUUUUCUGCUUGCUUAUAGAGCAGGCGUUAUCACAGGAAGAAGUAUGUGAUUUGCUACAUGCGGCGCUGUUCCAAAAUAUAUUCCCGCGACCAUUUUGCAAAGAAAAUGAAAAGCCCGAAGCAAAGCAGAAGCGCUUGGAGGCACAAUUUGCAAAUUUGCAGAUCGUAUCGAAUGUAGAAAAAAUUGGCAAUGCGAAACAAGCAAUGAUUGCCCGCGAGGGUGAUUUACUCACACGCGAACGUCUCUGCUGUGGUUUGAGCAUUUUCGAGGUGAUACUAAAUCGUAUUAAAAGCUAUUUGGAUGAUCCAGUGUGGAGUGGACCACCACCAGCGAAUGGCAUCAUACACGUAGACGAAUGCUCGGAGUUCCAUCGUUUGUGGUCAGCGUUGCAAUUUGUCUACUGCAUACCAGUACGCGGUACGGAAUACACAAUUGAAGAGCUCUUCGGCGAGGGUUUAAAUUGGGCUGGUUGCGCAAUGAUUGUGCUGCUGGGACAGCAGCGACGUUUUGAGGCUUUGGAUUUUUGCUAUCAUAUUUUGCGUGUGCAACGCGUUGAUGGCAAAGAUGAGGAUGUGAAGGGAAUUAAACUGAAACGCAUGGUUGACCGCAUACGCCGUUUUCAAGUAUUAAACUCACAAAUAUUUGCUAUACUCAAUAAAUAUCUCAAAGGUGGAGAUGGUGAGGGUUCCAAUGUGGAGCACGUGCGCUGCUUUCCGCCACCACAGCAUCCCACAAUGAUUUCGUCACACUACCAAGAUCCGAAUAAAUUGCGUCAGAGUAUGACAAAUAAUUAAACGAAUGCACUCUAGAUAUAUAAUGUCUCUUCUAUCUAUUAUUAACAUUAUUAUAAACUAUUGUAAUGGUAUUCUAGCUACACUUAUAAGUACAUUUAUUGAAUUUAUAAUAUGUAUGUAUGUAUUAUUUAAGCAGUAGAAUUCGUUGCUUCGUAACUAAAGUUCAAUUCAAUAUGAAAUAUGUAAUCAAAAUUUUAGAAACGCAUACAAUGAACAAUUUUUCCAAUAUUCAACUCCAUAAAACAUAUGUGUUAAGCAAAAAUAUUUAUUAUACAUAUGUACUUCGCAAAAGUAUUUAUUUAUUCAAAUUAUAAGCUGUAGCAUUGAAGCGUUUGAAAUUCAAAUCUAAUAAAUAUGUAUUUAUGUUUGAUUGAUUAAAAGAAUAUGUAGGCCAAAGACUAUAUACAAAAACCAACAAGGCAUGAAAUUGUAUUUGGCUUUAAAUAGCAGACAAUGCUUACAAUAAUUACAACAAUAUCCGAAUAUUUACAUAUAUUAAGUAGAACCCUUAAGGCGCAAGAAAAACAAGUUCAAAAAAUUUGUAUUCAGUAAUUUCGCUUGUAUGGAAUUGUUUAAGCUGCAUUUUCGCAGAUCAGAAUUGAAAAUGAAAAACUAUGCUCGCGCUAACAAUCGCAUUUACGAAAGUUUAAUAUAUGUUUCAGAAGACAAACCAAUAUUCCAUAUAUUUAAAAAUGCUGAUAAAUAAACGUUUUACACAUUUUCUAACAAAGCGAAUGUGUUUUAAAUUUCCAAAGGGGGGAAGGGAAUGAGAAAUGUAAAUAUUA